CCACAUCCGUUGGAUACUGCUGGAUUCAUGCCAUUUCAUGAGCAAUAAUUGUUUGCAAACAUUUGUCAGAAUGUAGGCUCCCAGUGAUAUCAAAAUGCUGUAAAACGGGGCCGGGUAUGCGACAAUGCACCAUCGUGAUGUCUCAAUUUCCUACCCCACCAAAAAACAACCCGCACAGGCCACCGACGCGUUCCAACGCGCGUACCCCCACCACAACUCCACCCUCCUUAUUACCAACACCCACAAUCAUCACCACCAAUUCUCUCAGACCCAAACACAUCCCCCCAAGAAAAUCCAAAAAAAAAAAAAAGAUAACAAAGAAAAAUGCCAUCGAUACCUCUGCACCCACGCUCCCAAGCCGCACCGCCAUCCACCACAAACCCACUCCCCCAGCUCCUCCACACGCCCACGGGCCUCGCCCUCCUCGAAAUCCAAGGCACGAUCCACUUUCCCAUCCCCCCCGACCCAUCCAGCUCCUCAACUCUCGUCGGCACCCUCGCGUUCCCGCUCUACAACCCCGCGCUCCAUGGCGAGACUGACACCAAGUGGAUGAAGCGCGCUCAUUUCUACGUAGGCGAGAGUCAGCGGAUGACGGGGGAAGUGAAGAAGCUGGGGAAGCCUUUUGCGGUUAUCGCGAGGAAAGGGGCAAGAGGGGAUGGUGAGGAGGAUGUGCGGAUGGGGGGUGGGGAGGGGGCCGAGGAGCUCGAGAUUGUCGAGAUUGUGAGGUUUAAGGUUGUUUUUUCGCACAGGCCCGAGCCGGUUGGGGGUGGGGAGGAUGGGGAGGGUGUUUGAGAGGUGAGAUUUGGAGAGGUGUGAGUAUAAGCUUUGGAUGUUGGGGUUUAAGCUCUACUGAUGGUGUUUGGUUUGCGCGGCAGAACUGCUUAGCGGGCGCAUCUUUGCGGGCGCUUCAUGUUGCAUGCGACAUUGCACAUCACCACCACCAGAUGAUGACCCAAAAAAGCCCAUGGUUUGCUGUCCCGGACUUCCGUUUUAAUGCACAUAUACUGCUGGGACGUGUGGGAACACGACAUCGCCAACGACCAAACGCUGCGCAACUCUCAACAUGGAAUUCCCUUUCCGUGGGGGCGCCCCAGAUCCAGCACAACUACGAAAAAUUCGACCAAGAUGUAUUUUGUGACAAUUUGCUAUCCCAAAAUAGUACCUAUCACACGUUGCGACGUUGCUCGUUUGUCGAACCUCGGGCUCGCUUCUGGCCUCGUCGU